CACCUUACGGGAUGGGCGCGGUCAUUUCUCAUGUCAUGGAAAAUGGAAAGGAAAGGCCUGUGGCAUUUGCAUCAAGGACAUUAACUGAAGCUGAGCGGAAGUAUGCCCAGAUAGAAAAAGAGGCCCUUGCCAUAACUUUUGGAGUCAAGAAAUUCCAUAAAUAUCUGUAUGGAAGGAAAUUCACCCUCAUAACAGAUCACAAGCCACUGCUGGCUAUACUAGGGCCAAAGCCAGCUGUCCCAACACUCGCUGCACUAAGAAUGCAACGCUGGGCUCUUCUAAUUCUAAUGGCAUACAACAAUGACAUUGAGUACAGAAGAUCAGCUGAACAUGCCAAUGCAGAUGCGUUGUCAUGUUCACCUCACAACACACCAGACAACACUGCAGAGGAAGGGAGUAUCUUCUAUUUCUCACAUGUGGAAGAGCUACCCAUAGUAGCUAAAGACACUGAGAGAGCAACCAUGAAAUAUCCAAUUCUCAGCAAGGUCUGGAGUUACACCAUGAAUGGGUGGCUGAGUUAUGUGCAAGAUGAAUCACUUAAGCCUUACUUUACACGCAGACACGAGCUGUCAGCAGAACAAGGAUGUGUUCUUUGGGGACAACAAGUUAUCAUUCCACCAGUUUACCGACAGAAAGUGCUGGAAGACCUGCAUCAUGAACAUCCUGGUAUCUGUCAUAUGAAACCACUUGCCCGCAGUUACCUGUGGUGGCCAGGCUGUGAUGGUGAUAUACAAGAACUGGUUCAAGGCUGCUCAGUCUGUCAGGCUGUACAGAAGUCACCAGCUGUUGCACCACUCCAUCCUUGGAAGUGGCCUGAGAGAGUCUGGCAACGGAUUUACAUUGAUUUUGCUGAAAAAGACAAGCAGUACUUUUUAGUUGUCAUUGACAGUCAUUCAAAAUGGUUGGAAGUGUUCCCUAUGUCAUCCAUUACCUCACACAAUACCAUUGAGGUUUUGAGAGGUUUAUUUGCUUCAUAUGGACUUCCAGAAGAGCUUGUUUCAGACAAUGGACCUCAACUUGUGUCAAAGGAAUUCAGUCAGUUUUUGGAGUUAAAUGGGAUCAGACACACAGCUGUACCCGUUUAUCAUCCUGCAUCAAACGGGGCAGCAGAGAGGUCAGUACAAAUCCUGAAACGAUCCCUGAUGAAAAAUGUGCUGGAAGCAGAUGGUAAGGCCACAUUGUCACUCAGUCAUCGAUUGGCAAACUUCCUUAUCAUGUAUCGCAGUACACCACACACUGUGAAGGGUCGUAUGCCAGCAGAGUUGUUCCUGAAACGUCAGAUCCGGACUUGUUUCAGCCUGCUCAAGCCUGAACUAAGCAGACACAUUGAACAGAAACAGUCUGAGCAGAAGCGACACCAUGAUCACAGAACCCAACCUGUUCGUGUUUUUUCGGAGGGAGAUGCUGUGCAUAUCCAAAACUUCGGUGUGUGUGUGUGUGUGUGUGGGGGGGGGUAAAAUGGACUCAUGGAACAG